UUUCAACUCGCUUUAUCCGUUUUGGAUCGUAAGCUGUCCGGCUUUCGGGAUUCGUUAGUCGUUUCGUCCAAAUGGACUAGCAAGUUCAGACAGGAGCUCGACACAUACCCACUCUGCUCAAAUGAACGAUUGACCGAUAGCUUGCCCAUUUGUGAUGCAUGUCAUAUUUCAGGGCGGAUAGCGACAAUUUCAACUACACUUUCAGGAAAGCCAUACGAUCGUGAGACAUUCGAGGUGCUAGAAGUGAGUCCUUCGACAACUACCUCUCUUCAGUCGUGUUUCUACAUUGCACUUUUGAGGAAGAAACAUGAAGACGUCAUGUUCUCGAUGGGAAGAUUUUGUGCACGGAGAGCGUCCGUCUAUCAU